AUGAGCGCGCCGAGCCCUCCGCCACCAGGGCCGUCGGAACAAGCUCCGUCCCCAACCCCACCCACAAAACCGUCUCAAUCCCAUGGGCGCCCACACUAUCCUCUCCAGCCCACCCGUGAGGAGGGUGAGGAGACGUCGCUGCGCGAACCUCCCGGUGCCGACCUGUACCCAAAAGGCAUGACCCUCGCCGAUUUCCGGGCCGCCGAAGGUGCCUCGGCACGCGCCGCCAAACUGCGCGCCAUCUGGUCUCAGCUGCCCCAGCUGCCAGACGUCGACCCAGACCAUCCGACCGAGGCGCAACGCAUGCGUCUGCCGGGGCAGGACACGCUCGCUGCCCUGAGCCCCGAGCGUGCGGAGCGUCUGCGCACUCUGUAUACCGAGGAGCUGGUCAAGCAAAUCGGUGAGGACCGACCGGACGCGCUUCAAUGGGGUGGAGCCGAUGACCUCGAGCCGUAUGAGCAAGCGCAGAAGGGUGUGUCGUGGAAGGCGUUCCGAAAAUUCCUCUGGGAUCAGGAGCGAGACCUGUGGGACGAGUUCCAGAGACUUGACCAGAACAAGGAUGGAGUGCUCGAUGCCCAAGAGAUGCGGACCGCACUCGAACAUCAGGGCGUCCAUCUGAGCAAGACGGCGGCGUCGGACCUCGUCCGCCUCCUCAGCGGCACGCCCGACAGGGAACAUGUGUCCUUUGCCGAGUUCCGCGACUUUCUGCUCCUCCUCCCGCGCCGCGCGACACCGUUCGAGAUCUACAAGUUCUACCAGGUGCACAAGCGGUUUAGUGACGGCCGUGGCGCUGCACGCGUCAACAUGGACGGCGACCCGAUUUUGUCGUUCCCCAAGGCGCCAGGGACUCCGGAACAUAGCACGGCGGAAGGCUUCUUUCGGCCGCACGAUCACGAGGACCCACAGGACGACCUCGAGGAGACCCUCGACGUGCUCGGCGACGAGGACGAGGACUACUACGAGCCCGAGACGCGGCACGAGGCGUGGCGCUUCCUCCUCGCGGGCGGAAUAGCAGGCGGCGUCUCGCGCACAGUCACCGCUCCGUUCGACCGUCUCAAGGUCUACCUCAUGACGAUGAACAUUCCCCAGAGCACCGGAAAGCCAACGCCAUUUCGCGCGGUACACGGUCUCAUGGUCGCCGUCCGCGCCAUCUACAGUGAAGGAGCAGGUGUUCGCGCUUUCUGGGUCGGCAACGGACUGAACGUUCUCAAGAUCUUGCCAGAGAGCGCUAUCAAGUUUGUGAGCUACGAGCAGAGCAAGCGCUUCCUCGCAAAGUACUGGGACGGCGUCAGCGACCCAUCCGAGAUCAGCUCGAGUUCGCGUUUCAUCGCCGGCGGCAUUGGCGGCAUCACCUCGCAGCUCUCAAUCUAUGGCCUCGAGACACUCAAGACGCGUGUCCAGUCCAACGUUGGUCCCAGCAAGGGAUGGGAAAGUGUCAAGAAGACGAUGACUUUUAUGUGGCGUGAGGGCGGGUUCCGGCCAUUCUACCGUGGUCUCGGGCUCGGUCUCAUCGGAGUCUUCCCCUACUCGGCCAUCGAUAUGGGAACAUACGAGUGGCUCAAGACGUCUUACUGUCGGAGAAUGCGCGUCGAUGAGCCGCCAGUGUAUGCCGUGCUCUCGUUUGGCGCGCUCAGCGGAAGCAUCGGUGCGGCGACCGUGUACCCUAUCAACCUGCUUCGAACGCGUCUACAGGCAUCGGGCAGUACGGGUCACCCACAGAAGUACAAGGGCUUCAUGGACGUACUCCAGGUCACACUUCGUAACGAGGGUUGGCGCGGGCUGUACAAGGGUCUCCUGCCCAGUAUCCUCAAGGUCGGUCCGGCCGUCGGCGUGAGCUGGAUCGUGUACGAGGACGCAAAGCGCAGGUUAGGAGUAUAG